AUCAUAUAGCUGGCAGUGUAGUGUUUACUUGUAGGUUUUGAGGUCAGCACAUAGAGAGAGAAAUAGAGUCCUUUCUUGCGUAAACACUGGGAUCCUUUCAAUUGAGAAAAAAUCUGUGCUGACAAUCACAAGCUUGACCUGCAUUUUUCUUGCUGCUGAGUUCCAGGAUGGUUGCACAGGGCUUCAUUGUGGAUUUAGAUAAACCACUUGUAUACCAGGUUGGCCACCUUGGAGAAGCUUAUCAAGAGUGGGUUCACCAGCCCAUUGUCAGCAAGGAAGGUCCUCGAUUUUUUGAAAGUGAUUUUUGGGAGUUUCUGACACGCACAGUUUGGUGGGCAAUUCCAACCAUAUGGCUUCCAGUUGUGUGCUAUAGCAUCUCCAUAUCUAUCCGUAUGGGUCAUACUGUUCCAGAGGUGGCACUGAUGGUGGCUUUUGGCAUUUUCAUCUGGACAUUGCUGGAAUACACUCUUCACCGUUUUCUUUUCCACAUCCAUACAACAAGCUAUUGGGGAAACACCAUUCAUUAUCUUCUUCAUGGCUGUCAUCAUAAGCAUCCCAUGGAUGGUCUACGGCUUGUUUUUCCUCCUGCUGCAACGGCUAUUCUCCUUGUACCGUUCUGGAACUUGAUUAAAUUGCUGGCGACUCCCUCUACUGCUCCUGCCCUGUUUGGAGGCGGUUUAUUUGGCUAUGUUAUGUAUGAUGUAACCCACUACUACUUGCAUCAUGGACAACCAACAAUUGAAGUGCCUAAAAGUCUUAAGAAAUAUCACUUGAAUCAUCAUUUUCGUAUCCAGAACAAAGGUUUUGGCAUCACCUCCUCUUUCUGGGACAAAGUGUUUGGAACGCUACCACAAACAAAAUCAGCCAAGAACAGAUGAUUCCCUUUAUAUAGGAGAAUCGCAGAACUAAGCGCUAUUUAUUAGAAGAGUCAGAAUUGUUUUCUUUGAGAUCCCAUUCCAUUGUUUUCAUUUGCCACUAUUUUGACAACUUUUGUAAGGGUUAGAUAACUUUGCUGCAAAACAUUGUGUUCAUCAGUCCAUCUAGGUUGUAUUUAUCAUUGUCAUUGGGCUGUAUGUUGGCCAAUUAUUGUAUCUUGUACCAGUUUGGCAUUUAGGAAAAUCUGGUUAAUGCAUAACAACAAACUUUUUUU